AUAUAAGUGAGCUCCAUGUUGUUCGAGCGGCUCCUCAGAUAUGCUCCCCUCCCCUCCAACGGAAAGAGCAAAAGUAGAACGGCCGGAGAGACACGCAGACACUACUGAUCGAGUAGUCUUGGCAGUCCGUGGGUCCGCCACGGUCGGGUCCCGAACACGGCGUCACCGAUAGCACGCCCUGCGUAAAAGACCAGAAUUUGCUUCAGCGGGAACACUGACUGCCUGAUUGCAUCGAAGACAACAUGGCGAGCGGUGGAGAACCACCACCGCGUGGUCGUGGCCGCGGCAGUGCAAACCGCGGAGGACGCGGCAGGGCUCGAGGGGGUCCUCAGCGCGGGGGACAGGCACCUGUACCCGGCCCUCGAGAUGUCCCCCAAGAGCAGUCGUUUGCCCGGGCAAUGCUCGAGAGGGGACAGCAGCAGCAGCAGCAGGGCCCUCCGGAAGCGUUCCCUGCCCUGGGGCAGCCGCAGCGUCCUCCCCAGCGUCCUCCACAAGCAACCCCGGCUGCACAAGCGGCCCCGCCCGCGCAGGCAACACCCGCACCUGCGCAGCCGCCUCCUCAAGCGGCGGGGGGAGACCGCUUCGACAUGCAAAAGUUUCCGGAGUUCCUUCCGGUCGUGCCGAGGAAGCGGACCCCAUUUCCCCAACGCCCUGGCGAGGGAAAGCUGGGCAGGCCGAUAUCGGUGUUGGCAAACCACUUUGCCUUGGAGCUGCCGAACGGCAAUGUCUAUCAUUACGAUGUCGCCAUCCUUCCGCCGCUCAGGAAGGAGGAGGCCAAGGCCCCCGGGCAGAAGAAGAUGCGCGCCCUCAGCACCCAUGUCAACCGGCGGGUGAUUCAGCAGCUCGUGAACAAGUAUCGUGGGGAGCUGAACAAGUGCCUUCCCGCGUUUGACGGCCGCAAGAAUCUGUACACGCGGCGCAAGCUGCCCUUCGAGGAGCGCAUCUUCACCGUGGACUAUCAAGAGGAAGAGCCCCGCAGACCCGGCGAGCCCUCGCAGCAGUUCUCAGUGAAGAUUCACUAUGCGGCCACAGUCAACCUGGACGCCCUGCACGCAGUCUACAACAACCGGGUGCGCGUGGUUCCGCAAGAGGUGAUCCAGGCGCUGGACAUCAUCAUGCGGCAUGGGCCGUGCAUGCAGUGGACCCCCGUGGGGCGCUCCAUCUUCAUGCCACCAGGCCCCAGGGACCAGAACUCCAUUGGAGGCGGGCAGGAGGUGUGGUUCGGCUACUACACCAGCGUGCGGCCCGCCCAGUGGAAGCCCAUGCUGAACAUCGACCGCUCGGCCACUUCAUUUUAUGAGGAGCAGACACUGCUGGAGUUCAUGGUGAAGGUGCUCAGUGACUGGAGGACCAAGUUCUCUCUCGAGACGACGAGAUCCUUGAACGACAGUCAGAUCAACAUCCUUAAUAAGGAACUCAAACUGCUCAAGGUGGAGGCGAUGCAUCUGCCGUACCCCCGUAAGUACCGUGUGGUCAAAAUCACGAGAGAAUCGGCAGCAAACCUCAACUUUUUGCUAGAGGACAACACGAAGACCAGCGUGGCGGAGUACUUCCGCAAGAAGUACCCCAGGUUUGCCCAUUAUCCCCAGCUGCCGUGCAUCAUGGUUGGCAGCGCUACGAGACCUGUCUACAUCCCGCUCGAGGCCUGUAGGAUUCCCAAGGGCCAGCCAUACCGCAGGAAGCUUGCUCCCGACAUGACUAAGGAGAUGAUCAAGAGGACUGCACAACCACCUGCAUUGCGGUUUGCGAAAAUCAAGGAAGCAGUGCAAGACGUGGUGCAGAAAAGUCAACCCUACCUCAGCGAGUUCGGCAUCAAGAUAAGCACUGAACCGACGCAGCUCAAGGGACGCGUCCUCGAGGCCCCCACCAUCGUUAUGAAGGGUGAUCAGAAGCUCCAUCCCAGGGAGGGCUCCUGGGACCUGAGGGACGUGCAGUUCCACCAGGCCGCUUCUGUGGAGAGCUGGGUACUGCUCGGCAUGAACACUCCGCGUCUGAGAAGAGACGAGUUGGAAAAUUUCACCAGACUUUUCCAGCAGACCGGAGGGAAACUUGGCAUGUCAGUCAGACCCCCACUGGACGUCAGGAUGAGGGAUGUGGGGAGAAUCAGUACCAGUCAGAUCCUGGCAGAGAUCAAGAAGGACUUCCCUGGAGUGCAACUUGUCAUAGUCGUCCUUGGUCGGAACUCCUCCUAUGCUGAUAUCAAGCAAACUGCCGAGACGAGCCUGGGGAUCAGGACGCAGUGCAUCCUGGAGCAAAACUUCACCAGGAACUGCAAACCUCAACUAAUGGUGAAUCUGUGUCAGAAAAUAAACGCAAAGAUGGGCGGCAUAAACAACGGCCUCCUGCUGGCACAGAAGCCAGAGAUCUUCAGGAAGCCGGUUAUAAUCAUUGGAGCGGACGUGUCCCACCCUGCUCCUGGGGACCGCAUCCGGCCAUCCAUCGCGGCCUGCGUGGGGAGCCUGGACUCCAUCCCGUCCAAGUACCGUGCGUCCAUCCGAGUGCAGCUGGAAGACCAGGAGGCAGUGGCCCGUGUCGAGAUGAUUAAGGACCUCUCGGGCAUGGUGAUCGAACUGCUCAAGGCCUUCCGCGAGGCCACGCGCCAUAAGCCGGAGCACAUCAUCUUCUACCGCGACGGAGUCAGCGAGGGCCAGUUUGCCGAAGUGCGCGACCUCGAGCUGCAGGCCAUUCGGGACGCGUGCCUUUCGCUGCAGCCCGACGGCAGCUUCAAGCCUCCGGUCACCUUCAUUGUGGUCCAGAAGCGCCACCACACUCGGUUCAUGCCAACUAAUGACCGAGACGGUGUGGGCAAGGCCCGCAAUGUGCCCCCGGGCACCACCGUGGACACAGUCGUCACACACCCUGUGGACUUCGACUUUUUCCUGUGCAGCCACUACGGCAUCCAGGGGACCAGCAAACCCGCUCACUACUAUGUCGUCCACGACGACUACAACUUCUCGUCGGACGACCUGCAGAAGUUGAGCUACUACCUGUGCCACACGUAUGCCAGGUGCGCCCGUAGCGUCAGCAUCCCCGCGCCGGUGUACUAUGCGCACCUGGCGGCGUUCAGGGCCAAGGAGCACAUUUUCAGCAAGGUGGAUGUCUCGUCCAAGGCCAGCUCGAGCUCUGGGGGUGGCCCGAGUCUCUCGACCAGGGAGUACGAAGAUGCUGUGGCCCUUACGGAUGCCAUGAAGCAAAUCAUGUACUUUGUCUGAAGCUUCUUGAAGGCGCUUUUUUAUUUUGGCUUUGGCAUAGCACUCCGGCCAUGACACGCAAGCAAGCAACUGCUUUGCAUAUUUUUAGUAUCUUAUCCAUAAAAUUUCAGGUGUCACGUC